AUGUCGCCUAUCUGGCCGCCUUUCAUUCAGGGCGUUGACAUGAGAAUCGCACACGACUGGGCCACCGAGAGUGAUUUGUUCAUUCGUUUUUGUUUGCUGGCACCGGCCUUGACCGUGAGAAGCCGCGUUGCAGGCCGAAGCCGACAUCUGACGGCGUCUUGGUAUGACAGCAUAUCCAUCAUUCUCAGUCGUUUCUCACCGUCCCGAAUUCUUCUUUAUGGGACUGGUUUUGUCAUUGGUUUCCCUGGAUCCAGCGCAGAUCAGGUUCUUUCUUUGCACUUCUAUUUCCUUGAUGGUGUUGGCUCCGGAGUUGUACAGAUGGGAGUGGCAUAUGACGAUUUCUAA